AUGUCUGGUAAAAGAAUCGUGGUAAACCCCUCGCAGACCUCCACUAGGCUCGCCGGCCCUACUUGCGUGGACUUCACGAGUACCGAGCGCGUUAUUAGUGCGGCAAUGCCAGAGGGAGCCCUCAAGCAGGCCCUGACCCUGACCCUGACCCUGACCCAAAUAAUUAGUCGGGCGACCGACUAUAGGUUUACCCUCGGGUCUCCACAAAGCUCAGUCACGUGCAAUGGGGAAUACCGCAGACACGUAAUAGAGGCGUAACUUUCUUUCCACCACGUCGAACAUGGCGGAUUUGUCGAAUAUCUUAGCGAAUGGUGUCAUCUUUUCUACGCUCAAGCAUACAGACUCACACGCCGUUCGCGGUAGACCCGCUCUAAAAGAUGGCUUGUGUAAUGAGCGUACAUUUCGAAACGGGUCGUUCCGCGAACUCAAAAUAGCAAGAGUCAAAUGAUUUAGCGAAGGUCUCAUUAGAAUCAAACCAGAAAUCAAAUGAGUUAUCAGUGAACAGAAAAUGUGGACAGAGUGACUGAAGAACAUUUGCUGAUAAAGACAAGGUGCCUCGUUAUCAAACCCUAGGAAACGACGACAAAGAUGCCAUGUUGGACUUUCGUCAGAGUGAGGAUAAACGUAAUUUUUAUAUUUAUGUGACCUCUAUCGUGAUUAUUAAGCUUACAUUCGUUAUGUUUUUGCUCAAACAGAGUACAUUAUCAGCUGUUAUUUUUCCAUUUGUUCCAUUAGUUUUGUCGCUUUUGUGCGUAUAUUAUAUUCGCAUAUUGUUGAGCAAGAAUGUUUAGUACCAAACGAAGUGGUGUCAAAUGAAUGUGAUGUAUUGGACAAUGUAGCGCCAUGUAUAGAACAAAAGUGUGGCGAAUCAGCGUUGUGUAUACAACAAAAUGAUGUUGCAAAAGAAAUAAAAUAUGCAAAAGAAUUCAGGUCUCAUUAUGCGAUGUUUGUUAAUCGUUGUAAUAUUAACAAUGGUGAUUACCGUGUGCGAAGACGAUUCGGUCGUGAGCCCAGCAGAAUACCUGUAAAAAAACUAGAAAAGUUCUCACGUAAAAACAAACAAAUAAAGAAGUUAGUGUGCAGGCGAAUUCUUAAAAAAACAUUCCUGUCUCGUCAAAAUUACACAAAAUUACUCUUCAUUUACUCCGACAAUAGAAUGUAUCGGUGUCAGUAUCUAUCAUACUGAUAAUGGGAGUUAAGAUAUUUAACUCUCAUGUAAGAGACGAAUAUGGUAGAAGCCAUCCCUCAGGUACAUGUGUACUAUUAGAGGUACCAUCUAUUCAGGGCUUAGUACAGUAUUUCCAGACUAUACACUCCCUCAGUGACAAUUAUGAACUUGGAGGAGUGCAGAUUAGUACAUAUGAAGUAACUAGAGUGAACAAUUUGAGAGAAGAACACAACUGCUCUUGCCAACAAUGAUCUGCUGUGGGGCUUUAUGCAAUGUGUUACUCAGUGGCAAAGUCUUGUAGUUAUUGGAAUUCCAGAACCCUUUGUUGCAUAGCUGACCAAGGAAAUAAAUUAUAUCGUAACAUGGGCAUCAACAGGUGUUGAAAAAUGGCAGAUUUGUACACAAGUCUUGAUAUGUGUGGAGUUGAGAUAUCAGUUCAACUUAAAGCUCAAAGCUAUGGGAUGUUAUCUGCUACUAAACAAUACAAAAAACAAGUUGGAAAACGUAAUUUUCAACAACUUCAGUGGAAAUACAGGUUUCUUAUUGUGGCUUGCAAGUUACUGCAUUACUUGUAUUUUUCAACAAACAGUCAGAGCAAAGUACAUGUCCUCCUUAUUGACCUGUGAAGAUACUUGUGAACCUGCAAUACAACAAAUAAAAAUAAGUGGUAUAUCACCAUUAGUACAAGCUAUUUCUAACAUUGUUACAAAGAAACUUAAAACAGAUAUUGUUCACUAUGAAAUGCAAUUUUUGUCUUCCACAUCUAACAUGGACCCUAAGCAAAUCAAACACAUCAUGGAAAAGCACAGACAAAAAUGUAAUUUUGACAACAUGGAACCUUUUCCAAAAAAGAAAAGACUGA